UCGACCUGAAACAAUACUCCAGCAGAAACUAAUGGCUUAAGUAAAUCUUAUUGUCGAUGCCCGACUGUUUAACUGGUUAAUUUAGAGUGAAGAUUGGGGUUGCUUGGACGGGAUGUUAAAACACGCGGGCUGGUGGCUGAGGAGGGGCAACGAAAGCAUUUUUGUUCCCUGUUGGGAAGGGAGAAAAGUUUCUUUUGGAGAAAGGCAUGGCUCCCUCAGAGAGGACCCUGGAUUGUAGACCCUUCAAGGAGAGGCGUAGUUUGGCUUUCAGGAGAAGUGAAGUAAUUAACAUCCGCAGGAAGUACCCCAACAAGCUACCGGUGAUUGUGGAACGAUACCCAAAGGAGCGAUCCCUACCUCAUUUGGACAGGUCAAAAUACCUUGUACCUCUGGAACUCAGCCUAUGUCAGUUCAUGAUCAUUAUCAGGAGUCGAAUGUCUGUCACCUCGAGCCAAGCCUUCUAUCUGAUGGUGGAUGACCGGAGUCUGGCCAGUACGUCCCUGACCAUGGCGGAGAUCUAUGCGGAGUACGUGGAGGAGGAUGGCUUUCUCUACAUGACCUAUGCCUCGCAGGAAAUGUUUGGAUUCCCCUGACUGGGAAGCUGAAUUAAAUCAGACUUUGUUUUAUUUUCACCCCCCCCCCCCCCCCCCCACCCUGCUGUUACUUCCAUUCCUCAUGUCUGUGUGGUGUGGGGUAGGUGAACUUCUCUGGGGGGAGGGAGGGAGAUAGCACCAAAUGGCCGAGUCCCUCCUUUUUCUGCCUCCCUGCAGUGUUUCAUGCAAUUGUAGCCUAGUUUUGAACCAGUGUGGAUUCCCUGUAAAUUGUGCACACUCACUCACUCACUAAAUAAUUGUGUCACAGAUCAGGAUCUGACAAUGGUCUGGAGGAAAUGUUACAAUUCUGCUUUUCCACACCUGCCCGAACUAUUAAAGUUGCUCAGAAGACAA